UCGGUGUCGACUCGCCGCCCAACGACGCUGUUGUCCAGCUGCUCAGGAACAAGGGAACUCUGAAGAAGCUACAUCUCGAUACCCGACCAGGGCGGCCGACGCCAACCAUUAGUGAUGGCGAGUUUCUUGCCCGGCUGAUACCCAAGUUGCGGGAGUUUCUUGUUCUCGAGGACUUGUUCCUGGACGCAAAAUUGAUAUUUUGCGAUACUGGCCAAUCGUCAGGCCGCAACAGUCUCCUCACAAGCCUCCUUCCUUCGUCCAUCGUUUCACUGAAGCUAGCGGCAAAUACCGAUCCCCAAAUGACCAUAAAUGUGUCAAGGUGUCUCCUCGAUCUCGGAAGGGCGGUUUUGCAAGGGCGAUUUCCCAAACUUAAAAGAGUCAGAUGGGACACGAAACACCAGGUCGAUGACUGUAGCAUGAGAGUUGCAUUCCGCAAGGCCUGUGUAGACUUUGCAUAUGAUUCCUGGCCGUUCAGCGGCGGGGCAAACAGGCACAAGGACGAGAGCUUGAGUUCGUCGGCAAUCUCGACGACACCGGAGACAACAGACGGCGAGACUGAUUGACAUGGCAUGUGUCGGAUUCUGCUAGCACGACCGAACGUAGUUUAGGAUAUUAUAUAUAUGCCACCACGGUGCUCCUGGAGUUUAUGGCCGCGGGAUUGGGGUUGUCUAGACUUGGUGCUAGAUUUGAUGGACCCGGGUUCUGGUUUGUAUUGGUACAUUUGAAGGAUUGGCUUUGAUUGAAUUCGUAGCCCAUCGCAUUCCUUUUUAUCCAAGUCUACUGCGUCUAUGUCCCCUUUCAUCCUGAAGAAGUCCCUAGUCUAAAGCGCCGUGUUUGUUCCAGUUGACGUUCAUUAAUUCAUUAAC